AGCCUUCUCAAACUAUAUAUAUAUAAUUCGGUGACAAAUCUCGAAAAGGAAAGUGAAGGUGGUAAUUGAGAAUAUGGUUCAGGCAGGGUUACAAUACUUAGGAUUUAGGGUUUAGGGUAUUUGGUGUUUGACGAUUUGCGGCGGGAAUCACUAUAUUUCGUAUAGAGGGAGAAUGGCCGUGGCGCAGUUAUGGUGGAAAUUAUCAUAUUCAAAUUCAUGGGUUAGAGUAGUUGGAGUUUCAAGAAGAAGCAGUGGCGCAGCUGCUAAGCCUGCUAUAUUUCAGGCAUCAUGUCCACCUCCGUCUCCAGCCAUAGCUGUGAAAAUAAGAAGAAAAUGCUUAAGCAACUGGAGGUGGACGCAACAGCCACCACAAUUACUGGAAGACAAGAAAAGCGACGCCUCCUUCUUCAUACGGUGCUCUAAGUACGGGAGCAGCAUUGGUGCCGCAAGUAAUACGAAUAGCGGAAAGGGAUAUCUGGCAUCUACGGACCAAGAGCUGAUGAGUCAGUGCCAAAUGGACACUUUCAAGGCGUCGGGCCCAGGGGGUCAGCACCGUAACAAGCGAGAGUCUGCCGUACGCCUCAAGCACCUCCCCACCGGACUUACUGCGCAGGCUGUGGAGGACCGAUCCCAACACAUGAAUCGUGCCUCAGCCUUGGCUCGCCUUCGCGCUCUUAUAGCUCUAAAAGUCAGGAACACACUGGAUCUUGAUGCUUAUUCCCCUCCUCAAGAGCUUCUUCAAAUUCUUCCCCCAAAGUCUACCAUUAGAGGAUCAGAUUGUGGUCCCCAAAUUGGACCCAAUAAUCCUAAGUUCAUUUUGGGAAUGCAAGCUCUGUUGGAUCUCAUUUUUGCAGUUGAGGGUUCUGUCUCAGAGGCAGCCAAGUUUCUGGGGUUAAGCACAGGUGCCCUGUCACGGUUAAUACUCUCAAAUGAUUCUCUCCGACUGGCAGUCAAUGAACUAAGGUUUUCUAAGGGUAUGAAGCCUCUCAAGUAGAAUUUAUCAGCUGGCAAUUACUUGUUUCAAGUACUAAUUGUUGCUUCUUCUUUUUUAAUUGUGCAAGAAAAUGAUAUACGUGCACUCUGAAAUGUCAUUUUUGUCUUAAAAAACCUACUCCAACAGCUAACUUUGCUAGACAAUUCUCAA